AUGUCUACCUCCACUCUCACCGGACUCUUGAACCAUGUCGCCGAAUUAUACCCUUCCCGGCGAGCCAUCGCCGUCUCCGGCAAGUUUGAUCUCACUCAUGCUCGCCUCCGACAGCUAGUCGAGGGCGCCGCCGCUCAACUGAUCUCCGCCGGCGUUAGGCCCGGCGACGUCGUUGCGCUCACUUUCCCCAACACCGUUGAGUUUGUUGUGAUGUUUUUGGCCGUGAUACGCGUCCGAGCCACGGCGGCACCGCUGAACGCCGCCUAUACUUUCGACGAGUUCGAGUUCUACCUGUCGGACUCGGAAUCGAAGCUUCUACUCACCUCGAAAGAAGGCAACGAGCCGGCUCAAGCCGCGGCAGCAAAGCUCAGCAUCCCCCACCUCUCCGCCAGCCUUCCCUCUGCCGACUCAGAAAUCGUCCUGUUCCCAGUUCACUCCGAGUCGGACCCGGGCUCGCUGUCCAAACUCACCAACGACCCGUCCGACGUGGCUCUCUUCCUCCACACCUCCGGGACCACGAGCCGGCCCAAGGGGGUUCCCCUAACCCAGCAGAAUCUCUACUCGUCCGUCCAAAACAUAAAAUCCGUGUACAAAAUAACCGAAUCAGACUCUACCGUGAUUGUCCUGCCAUUGUUCCACGUCCACGGAUUGUUAGCUGGCCUUCUCAGCUCUCUCGGGUCCGGAGCUUCAGUGGCCCUGCCAGCUGCCGGGAGAUUCUCCGCCUCGACCUUCUGGCCCGAUAUGAACAGGUACGGGGCCACAUGGUACACAGCAGUGCCGACCAUCCACCAGAUCAUACUCGACCGCCACCUCAGCAGGCCAGAGCCAUCCUACCCUAAGCUCCGGUUCAUCCGAAGCUGCAGCGCGUCCUUAGCCCCAGCGAUAAUGGCCCGUCUGGAAGAGGCCUUUCAGGCCCCGGUUUUGGAGGCAUAUGCCAUGACAGAGGCCACUCAUCUGAUGGCAUCCAACCCGUUGCCCGAGCACGGCCCACAUAAGCCCGGGUCAGUGGGGAAGCCCGUUGGUCAGGAGAUGGCGAUUUUGGAUGAGAGUGGGGUGGUGCAAGGAGCUAAUUCCAAUGGGGAGGUUUGCAUAAGGGGCCCGAAUGUGACACGAGGUUACAAGAAUAACCCUGAGGCGAAUAAGUCGGCUUUUCAGUUCGGCUGGUUUCAUACAGGAGACUUGGGGUACUUUGAUUCGGAUGGGUAUCUGCAUCUUGUGGGCAGGAUCAAGGAGUUGAUCAAUCGUGGAGGAGAAAAAAUUUCGCCAAUUGAAGUAGAUGCUGUUUUAUUGUCCCAUCCUGAUAUUGCUCAAGCUGUUGCUUUUGGUGUCCCUGAUGAUAAAUAUGGAGAAGAGAUAAAUUGUGCUGUUAUUCCUCGGGAUGGAUCAAACCUCGACGAGGCAGAGGUUUCGAGGUUCUGCAUGAAAAACCUUGCGGCUUUUAAGGUCCCAAAGAAGGUUUUCAUUACAGACUCGCUCCCAAAAACAGCCACAGGGAAAAUUCAGCGGCGUAUUGUGGCCGAGCAUUUUCUUGCACAGAUAUCUACAGCUAAGGUCCCCAAGUUCGGAGCCUAA